AUGGAUCCCGAGACAUCAGAUCUUCGUACUUCGAGAUUGGGGAGCCGACUCCCCGCGCCCAGGGCCAUUCCUAAGCCGAGUGGCUCCAUCAGUGCCGGGUUGACGGAACUCAGCGACUCCCAACACAAUGCGAGGUCUCAAAUCGCGAUGCCCCCUUCAUUUAACAAGGGUAUCAAGCGUGAUCUUCCCCAGCCAGCCCAAGCCUCCGAAGCGAAAAGGAAACCUCUUUCCCAGCGAGCAGGUGAAUAUCCGACCAAACCCACAACGGCAGCGCCCUCGCUCCCUCGUCCAAACGUACAAGGCAUCUCGCUCGUUGGCACCUGUUCAGGAAUCAAACAACCCAGCCGCUAUGGCUCGAAUCGCCCCCAUCCGCACAUAACCGACAAAACUCGGCGACGAAUUUUGCUACAAGCUUCGGUCCCGACAGCCGAGCUCCCCCUACUCCCGGCCCAAGACCUCGCACUCCAACCACAGCCGGUCCGCCCCGAGGAGGAAGACGGCCAAUCAGAUAACGCAUGGGAUGUCGACGGACGCCUCGGAAAUAUUGAACAGCAGUUCGAUCAGUUGAAGUCAAUCAUAGGUGAUGCCACCUCUGAUCGGGAGGCGCUGGGUUCCGCGGUUGAAAUGUACAAAUCAAGAGUGUCGGAGCUUCAAAAUGAGCGUGCCGAUUUACUACGCAGGAUGGGAGAGCUCAACUCGGACACGAAUCGAUAUCGAGAUGAGGUAUCGGAGCUGCGGAGGAACUUGGAUGAAGUCGAGUGGAGGAAUAAGAACGAGAUCGAAGCCCUGCAGCGCGCCAACGACCACGCGAGAGACGAUUUCCAGCGAUCCAUCGACGCCGAGGUGGAAAGGCUCAACAAGUCCCAUCAAGAGGAGCUCGAGGCGAUCAAGAGGCACUACGCAGCGGAGCUUGAAGACGAGCGUCGUGACAAGGGCCGGCAGGUGGACGAAAUGAGGCGCCAAAUAAGUAAUCAACAGCAGGAUAUGCACGGCGAUCUCCAGAAGAAAAAUACGGAAAUAUCAGACCUACGCAGCCAGAUGGAGAGCCUCAAGGGCGACCUCGACCGCGAGGCGACGCUCAAGAGCACGCUGCAGCUGAGUCUGGCGGAAAUGUCAGCGGCCAACGUAACGAUGGAGGCCAAGAUGAAUUCUCUCCGGUCACAGAUUGAGUUCCUGGAGUCCGACAGCAAGGCACAAUCCGACUCGUUUGCCGACAUGGAGGCGCGUCUCCAAGAGGCGCACCGCAUCGCGGACGAGGCGAAGCAAAAGCUCAUCAAGGAAGAGACGGAACGUCGAGUACUCUUCAACAAAUACCAGGAGCUCAAGGGUAACAUUCGGGUUAUGUGCCGAGUGCGGCCAGUGCUCGACACGACCGAAGGAAGCGAGGCCUUGAUCCAGUUCCCAGACGAGAAGACAUCAGCCAAAAUCGGGGUCCUCGGACCUGAGGAAAAGAGCAGCCUUGGCAACGUGGUGCGCAAGGAGUACCCCUUUGAGUUUGAUCGCGUCUUCACACCGUCGAUUAGGAAUGAAGAGGUGUUUGGCGAGAUCUCGCAGCUAGUGCAGAGCGCGUUAGACGGCUACAACGUGUGCAUCUUUUGCUACGGCCAGACGGGGUCGGGCAAGACGUUUACCAUGUCUUCGACGGACGGCAUGAUACCCCGAGCGACGCACAUGAUUUACGAGACGAUCAAGCAACUCGAGGAGAAGUCGUGGACGUACACAAUGGAGGGCUCCUUCAUCGAGGUGUACAACGAGGAGCUCCACGACCUGCUCACGCCCAACGGGCGCGAGGCGCCCAAAAGCUCGACAUUCGACACGACGACGUGCGCAAGCGAACAAUGGUGA